AGUAAAAUGAUUAUUCUGUAAACCGUAGUGAUAUGGAAGAUGAAGGAUAGGCCGCAAUGUCUACACUACAGAAAGCCAUCGAGCAAGUGACCAAAGCCACUGAAGAGGAUAAGAAAGGAAACUAUCCAGAGGCUUUGAGGCUUUAUCAGAAUGGUGUAGAUUACUUCUUGCAUUCCAUCAAGUACGAGGCCCAGGGCGCCAAAUCUAAAGAAAGCAUUCGAGCAAAAUGUAUGUCUUAUCUCGAACGGGCGGAAGAGAUCAAGAAGUUUUUAGCUAACGGGGGUCCCAAGAAAGCCAAAGCGUCAGCAGAGGGUGGGUCUAGCAAGAAGAAGAGCAGCAAGAAAGAUAAGAAGGAAGAGGAUGAUAGUGGUGACUCAAGUAGCGAUGAAGAAAGUGCUGAUGAUAAGAAACUUCGAGAACAACUUGAGGGUGUAAUUGUAAUGGAGACACCCAAUAUACGUUGGGAUGAUGUCGCUGGAUUGCAUGUUGCUAAGGAAUCCCUGAAAGAAGCCGUCAUCUUACCCACUAAAUUCCCCCACUUGUUUGUUGGUAAAAGGACGCCAUGGCGUGGUAUUCUUCUAUACGGGCCACCCGGAACCGGUAAAUCCUUCCUGGCCAAAGCAGUGGCAACAGAAGCUGGCAACUCCACCUUCAUCAGCGCUUCUGCAUCCGACUUGUUGUCUAAGUGGCUCGGAGAAAGUGAAAAGUUAGUAAAAGGAUUGUUUGCGAUGGCACGUAAAAACAAGCCGACAAUCAUAUUCCUGGACGAGGUAGACUCUCUGUGCUCUGCAAGAGGAGAAGGUGAGAGCGAAUCAGCUCGACGUAUUAAGACUGAGUUCCUCGUUCAGAUGCAGGGAGUGGGUAAUGAUAAUGACGGUAUACUGGUACUCGGUGCCACUAAUAUUCCCUGGGGACUGGACUCUGCCAUUAGGAGAAGGUUCGAAAAGAGAAUCUACAUCCCCCUGCCUGAAGCUGAAGCCCGUACGUACAUGUUCAAGCUGAACCUUGGCACCACGCCUCACGUCCUCACUGAUGCGAUGUUCAACGAGCUUGGAGAACGCAGUGAAGGGUACAGUGGUGCUGACGUAGCUAUCGUGGUCAGAGACGCCCUCAUGCAGCCUGUCAGAAAAGUCCAACAAGCUACACAUUUUAAGAAAAUGUCCGGACCCUGCAGAGACGACCCGACGAGGACCAGAAAUGAUUUUCUGUCCCCGUGUAGCCCUGGUGAUCCUGGAGCUGUUGAAACUAACUGGAUGUCAAUUAAUGGUGACGAUUUACUUGAGCCUGUAGUUGAUAUGAACGACAUGCUUAGAGCGUUGGCCAACUGCCGGCCAACCGUCGGAGAAGACGAUCUGAAAGAGCAUGUAAAGUUCACACAAGACUUCGGGCAAGAGGGCUAAACCUUCUUUUUUCUGACUGCAGCUCUGUCUAAUUUUUAUAGGGGACCCCGUUCAGUUCAACAGACUUUGUCGAUAGAUUUGUACGUGCUUGCUUUUGUCAAGCUACAGAAUGUGGAUAGCAAGUUAGAUAGGAAAUUCUAACUUUCAGUUAAACACGGCAAACUUUCUUCUGCGUGGUUAAUAUUGUUAUAUGUUUCUUGAAUAUUUUCGUUUUUAUUUACACUCUUUUGAUUGAUAGAAUUUGUUCCCAUAAUGUUUCAGCGCGGGUUUCAUUACGAGAAAUUCGUCCUCUUUCUGAUGAUGUUGAAAAUUGGGUUAAUGUUUUUUAUUUUGGUAUUGUUUAAGUAGAGUAUAAUUUAUUAGAAAUUUGUCGAUGCAAAAUUUCAAGAAUGGACAGAAAAACUCAUUUGUUUUAGUUAACAAUUUUGCUUAAAAUAAUGACCCUUGGACCCGCGAUUAAUAAUUCGAUUAGUGAUUAGUGACUUAUCCAUUAUCAUUUACUUUUAGUUUCGUUAUUCUUGGAAUUAACAAGAUCAGCAGCUUAGUUGAACUUUUUAUUAUUGAGAAACGCCAAAAGCUAUUCGAUAAACUAGUUAAAUAUUAGGUUAAUCUUCCAUUUACCGGGUAAUCUAGGGAAAGAGUAAAAAUAUAAAGGGUUGAAAAAGUUUUGGUGGUGUAAUUGAACGCCACCUCAUGCCCACAUUAAGACACUGUUCGUUAGCCCGAUUUAACCUCGAGAUUUCUGGUAAGAUCCUGGAUUCUACCAACUCGACUAAUGUGGGGCGUGGGCCAUAUUUGAUACAUUAUUCGGCUUUGUGGAAUCUAAGCUCGGUAAAUGUGGGAUUAGCAAGCCGGUAGCCGCGACCGGAUCUUAAGAAUAUAUUGUCAGACAAUUUUGAAUAUUGAAUAAUUAGAUUUUAAGUCUAGAGUUGUUCAACGUUUGUAUGAUAUGGAAUUAAAUUUAGAUGAUUUAAUCAACGAUUUGAACAAGUGUUGUUUAUUUGUGUCCAUGAAAGUCCUGCUAUGUAAAGUUAAUGUCAGAGAGUUCAAGCACGUUAUAGAUCUUGAAACUUUUAAGUGUUUGUAUCUUAAUCUUCUGAGAGAAGCAAAGCGUUAGUAUCUACACGCAACAACUGAUUAUCGGUGAUGUAACAGUCAACUCGGAGAUAAAAGUGCUAAUUGAAAUACUAAUGACCCAAGUACACGGUCUUCAAAUAAGCACGCAUCAUCAUACCGAGUGUCUUUCUCGAUAGUAAUCAAUGUAAAUUGUAAAUCUUAAAAGGGAAAAGCAAAUAAACAAACUGUACUCAAUGUACACAAACACAGUGUACGCGCUACACCGUACGCGCUACACCGUACACACUGACUCUCUUAACACUGCCCUGGAUACUGUCUGCUAUUUGUGAAUUAGGUAAGUAAUUGCUAUCCUGUUCUCAGCGUCUUGUACUUAGUCCUUGCUCCUGUGUAUACUGUGUAGUGUGUACUGUGUAGUGUAUACUGUGUAGUGUAUACUGUGUAGUGUGUACCGUAGUGUAUGAUAUUAGCACACAGUAUAGGUGCCUCUAUGUACGAGCAUUGUGUUCUGUAGUGUGUUAUGUUUAAGAACCUUAUGAUGUAUAGCUUGUACUGUGUAGAUUGUACUCGUAGUGAACACUUCUCUAUACAUAAGUUUAUAUAGUGAACAUGACUACUCACUGGAUGGUCACGGUGCAUGCUAAUGUCCCUACUUCCAGCAACUGUAAUUAACUACUUAUUAGAACUAGAAUCGCUACAAUAUCAAUGUUGUAUGUGCCAGCAGAAUAUUGUGGCCGUUUGUGCUUUCUUUCGUCAGAGUUUCUGAUCUUCUCUUUGUGUUUUCACUGUGUUUUGUUUCGUUAGUGUUACGUAGCGACACUUACGACACUGUUAGUGUUACAAGACCGCAUGGCACAUCACCGAAUGUAUCGUAAUUCAUCAAACUCCGGCAGUAUAUAUCAUAUUUUAAAUGUACUGUUUUACUUUUAAAUGUACUUUUCCACAUGAUUGAGAUGACUGGCAGAGGCUUAGCUCUGCCGC